UUUCAUUUCUUAGCCCAGUAGCCCUAAGUCUUUCUUCUUCUUCAGUUCUUCGUCGGCAGUCUGCUCAGUUGACACUCGGUAGGCGGUAGCACCGUAUCACGACUCAACUUCACAGGUCGGCCGUGAUCUCCGUCUAGCGGUCCAGCCUCCAGGACAGCACAAACCUCAGGCUUAGGACGACACCGAGCUGCCGAAGCUUCUUCAGUUCGAGAGAGUGUUCUUCUUGUUUAAAGAAAGUUAUAGCGAGAUAUGAGAAAUGUACAAUUACCGUUUAGUCAAACACAAAAGAUCAGAUUGCAGAAUGCCUUGGAGAAGCUAGAGUCAUUGUCAACAAAGGGAAAUUCCGAUGCUACAGUCAUCGUGGCAGACACCAUUCCAGUCAAUUACGAAGAUGGAGUUCUCAAGGGGCAUGGAACAAACGAUUUGGAUGGAGAAGUAGUUGCUACAAUCUGUGGUGUGGUCGAGAGGGUCAAUAAACUCGUCUACGUUCGAGGUUUGAGGGCCAGGUACAAGCCUGAAAUUGGAGAUAUCAUAGUUGGACGUGUGAUUGAGGUUGCUCAAAAGCGCUGGAGGUUGGAGAUUAAUUUUAGGCAAGAUGCCGUGUUGAUGCUAUCUUCUAUGAAUUUGCCCGAUGGUAUUCAGAGACGAAGAACUGCAGUGGAUGAGCUCAAUAUGCGCAGCAUUUUUGGAGAGUAUGAUGUCAUUUGUGCCGAGGUACGAGGCUUCCAACAUGAUGGUAGUUUACAUUUACAAGCAAGAAGUCAGAAGUAUGGAAAGCUCAAGAGAGGACAGUUGCUAACAGUCCCUCCUUAUCUUGUUAAGAGGCGAAAACAACAUUUUCACCACCUAGACCAGUAUGGUAUUGACUUAAUUGUUGGCUGUAAUGGUUUUAUAUGGGUUGGUGAGCAUGUUGAAUCCAAAGAAGAUAAUAUAGAUGAUCAGAUGGACGUAUCUGAGGAACAGAGUGGCAAGUCCAUCGGAGGAGAAGAAGAGAACGUGGACACUCCAUUGGAUACUAGGCAUUACAUUUGUCGGGCUGCAAAUGCUGUCCGAGCUUUGUCUAAUCUAGGGUUUAGCAUUACCCUAGAAGUGAUCAUGGGCGUAGUGAACUUGAGUCUUUCUAUGAAUAUCGAUAUCCACGACAUGCUUGGGUCAGAAUUCUGUGUCCUGGUUGCAGAGAAAGAAGCUGAACGAAGAAGCUCUACGAAAAGGAAGGGUUGAUCUUGGCUGGAGCUGCUUUUCACUUUAUUUGUACUUUUAUAAAAGAAUGGGAUUCUGAAUUUUGAGUAAUGAAGGUUAAGAUGGAUUUGAUUUGUUGUGAUAUCUUGAUAGAUUUGUUGAAGAAUUUGAUAUGUUGAUGAAAUAACAUUGAAUAGUAAAGAGAUUGCUCAAGAAGGGAAAUCAGUCAUUUUAUUUA